AUGAUUAAUUGCUCGAUAGUGGUGCUCUGCUCUCACUUCGUGGUCAUGAAUACCUGGGGCUUUACAAACUCUUUUGGGGCGUUCCAAACCCAUCUUACCGACACCCUGAAAUCCUCGCCGUCCACAAUAUCCUGGAUCGGGUCGAUGCAAAUUUUCCUACUCUUCUUCAUGGGUACCAUGUCGGGGCGUCUGACUGAUUCAGGGCAUUUCAGAGUGGUUUUCUUCGUAGGAUCACUCGCAACUGUCGUCGGCAUCUUGACAUCUUCAUUCUGCCAUCAGUUUGGGCAAUUCUUUCUCGCUCUCGGCGUCGCUGUGGGUGUAGGUAAUGGGUGCUUGUUCUGCCCAAUGCUCACGGUCAUGUCGCCGUACUUUGAUAAGAGACGAGCAAUGGCGAUUGGGAUUGCUGCGUGCGGCUCUGCCUCGGGCGGUCUGAUUUAUUCCAGCAUUGCACGUCAACUUGUUCCAUCAGUUGGAUUUCCAUGGACUAUGCGCACGAUUUCCCUGAUUCAAUUUGCUCUUCUGGCUGUCGCAAAUGUGUACCUCCGUCCGAGAGUACCCGCGAAAAGCUCUUCACCGUGGGUUGACUGGGCGGCUUUUCGGGAUAUGAGGUAUAGUUACUACACGAUGGGUUCCUUUUUUUCCUUGCUCGGUUUAUAUUUCUCUUUCUUUUAUCUCGCUGCCUAUUCUCGUACUAUAACAACACCGUCGCUAGCCUACGAGGAGUCUCUCAACCUCCUUUUAAUACUCAAUGGUGUCAGCGUAGUUGGCCGUUUGGGUUUCAACUACGCUGCGGACCGGUAUGGAACUAUCAAUGUCUACAUACCUGUGGCCUGUGCUACAGCCAUCAUCCUUUUUGCUUGGAUUGGCGUCAAAGAUGUGCCGGGAACUUACGGUUGGGCAAUUGCCUGUGGCAUCACUUCUGGUGGUGUGCAGAGUCUUUUUCCUGCCGCCCUGAGUUCUCUCACAGAAGACACGCAGAAACUCGGCGUCCGAAUCGGUAUGAUCUUCACCAUCGUUAGUAUUUCUAGUUUGAUAGGUCCCCCGAUUAGUGGAGCUCUGAUCGAUGCCCUAGAUGGGAGGUAUCUCGGCGCUCAGAUCUUUGCUGGUACUUCCAUGUCUCUUAGUGCGCUGUUCCUAGUCGCUGCACGAAGAGUCGGCCGCAAAGCCAAACCAAGCUUUGGACCUUCAGCGUCAGAUUGA